CAAAAAUCCUUCGAUGGAUAGACUAUGAUCCUCGAGGUGCAUUACCCUUCGGUUCGAAUGUAAAUUUGGCUUUUCUGAUCAUUUUCUCUUCAUAGAUCCCUCCGCCAAAGAUUGUAUUCGCUUAGUCUUCACUUCCGGGUCCGCCAUUUUGUUGCCUCCAUUUCUCCACGAGGGGGGGUUAAAGGCCCCCAAAAUAUGCAUAUAUGAAAAGGCCAAAAAGUAACCGUCAGUGACAGGGAGUGUUAACUAGAGAAAGAAACGGGACCAAACUGGCGGGCUCGGUGAAAUCGCGGCCGGCAGCGUUCCGGACGAGGAGCUUCCCGAAAACAUUUGUUCCUAUGCAUAAAGAUGUCUUUGGUGGAUUUGGGGAAGAGGUUGCUAGAAGCAGCAAGAAAAGGCCAAGAUGAUGAAGUGAGAACAUUGAUGGCAAAUGGCGCCCCAUUCACCACAGACUGGCUUGGAACAUCACCCCUCCACCUUGCAGCCCAGUAUGGUCAUUAUUCCACAGCAGAAGUGCUCCUUCGAGCAGGCGUUAGCAGGGAUGCCCGGACCAAAGUGGACAGGACCCCUUUGCACAUGGCUGCAGCUGAUGGACAUGCACACAUCGUGGAACUGCUUGUUAGGAAUGGUGCAGAUGUGAAUGCCAAGGACAUGCUGAAGAUGACAGCUUUACAUUGGGCUACAGAACACCACCAUCGAGAUGUUGUAGAGCUACUUAUCAAAUAUGGAGCUGAUGUCCAUGCUUUCAGCAAGUUUGAUAAAUCUGCCUUUGACAUAGCCCUGGAGAAAAAGAAUGCUGAAAUUCUGGUCAUCCUUCAGGAAGCGAUGCAGAAUCAGGUGAAUGCUAAUCCUGAGAGAGCCAACCCUGUGACUGUGGCUGCCCCAUUCAUCUUCACAUCUGGAGAAGUUGUCAGCCUCGCUAGCCUUGUUUCUUCAACCAACACCAAAACAACCUCAGUAGGUGACCCCCAUGCCUCCUCAGCACCACACUUGUCACAUUCCACCACCUCAGUGCUGGCCACCCUUGCAGCUCUUGCUGAGGCAUCAGCCCCCUUGUCCAACUCUCACAGAGCCGCAGCUAAUUCAGAGGAAGUCAUAGAGGGAAAUUCUGUUGACUCAUCAAUCCAGCAAGUGGUGGGGAGCGGAGGCCAAAGGGUCAUCACUAUAGUGACUGAUGGAGUCCCUCUGGGUAAUAUACAAACUGCGAUCCCUACUGGAAGCAUUGGCCAGCCAUUUAUUGUAACUAUGCAAAAUGGACAGCAAGUUCUAACUGUACCUGCUGGUCAGGUUGCAGAGGAAACUGUAAUUGAAGAAGAGGAAGAAGCAGAGAAGUUGCCUCUGACUAAGAAACCAAGAAUAGAAGAGAGGACAAACAGUGUGGAGGAGAGCAAGGAGGGCACUGAAAGAGAGCUACUCCAACAGCAGCUCCAGGAGGCCAAUCGAAGAGCCCAGGAAUACCGACACCAGCUCCUAAAGAAAGAACAGGAAGCAGAGCAGUACCGCCUCAGGCUAGAGGCUAUGGCCAGACAACAGCCCAAUGGAGUUGAUUUCACCAUGGUUGAAGAGGUGGCCGAAGUAGAUGCUGUAGUAGUGACAGAGGGUGAGAUGGUAGAGAGAGACACGGAAGUGACUGGGGCAGGAGGGACCGUAGAGCCUCAUUCUGGAGUUUCCUUGGAAACCGUUUCAUCUUAAUGUGCGAGGGCCACAACUUGUACUGUGUCCAUCUUUUUCCUCUUUUUAAAAGAAAAUACAGAGGACAGACAUUGUAUAAAAAUUAAGAAUGUCCUUAAGAAGAAAACUAUAGCAGGGUAACAGUGCUUGGGCUCAGGAAGGCUUGCUAUGCAACUGGAAAAUUCAAAGCCAAAUUUAGGGAAUACUUCUUUUGAAGGACCAAAAGAAUAAGGACCAAUUUUCUCAGCUCACAUCAUCACUUUAAGCUUAGAGGGUUAAUUGUUGUGGGUUGAUUGUUUUUUAAAUAACUGACUUUGUAUCAGAAGAUUUUAAGAUAACAUUCCUAGUAUAGACAUGCACAGAGCUUUUUAUAAUUGCACCGUCAAGUGACCUUAAAUUUUGCCUUAUAUUUAUGACGUGUACCUGGUAGAGAAGAAAACUAACUAGGAGGUGGGUGAGAAGCAAGCUUUUGGGAAGAGAAAAUAUAUGUUCUGCUUCCAAAGGAGCAGGCAUUCCCCCCAUCCUGAUUUAAUUUCACCGAAAAGAAAUUGGUAAUUGCCUAACUCUGCAUCCAUUAUGUGUCCAUAAUUCAGAUGCCAGUUUAAGAAACUAAAGUGGAAUAUUUAAAAACUGGAAAGGAAAGAAAACUUGUUUAUGUGGGAGAAGUGUAUGUAAAUCCCAAAUCCUCCAGGCUGUGCUUCACAAUGCUGGAAAGUGGCCAGGAAGAGGCUUGUGGGGUUAUGAAACGAUCUGGUCCCGAGAUACAAACUUUGCUCUGGCUGGAUUUUAUAAAAUUGAAAUCAGGAAGAUAGUCUGUUGCUAGAACAACUUGCUUCCACACAUUUAUUUAUAUAAUAUCAACUUUUUAAUUUUAUAAAGUGUUAUUGAGUUUUCUAAGUGUGCCUUUGUGUGGAGCUUACAUGGUAUCCUUCUCAUUG